GACUGUUUACACAGGCAGGCUCUCUGAUAACAAGGACCUAUAAGUCGGAUGAGAGCAGAAGUCCCUCUGCAGACCCCUAAUCCUCAGACAGUGAAAAAUGCAUCUAAAAGUUGUGAUCUUCGCUGUGUCAUUCUUGACAGCUUCAGCAUACCCACUUCUCCGUUACACAAGGGAGGCAACUCGGGAUGCCAACCAGGCUCAUGACAAGACAGAACCUAUAAAGGACGAUGAUAACAUCUACAAGACCAACAUUGACAGCAGUGACCUUUACGGCCGAGAUGAUCUCACUAAGAACCCGGUGGCGGAGGAGAUGCAGCGCAAACUCAACAUGGAGUCGGAGCGCCUGCGCGUCCGUCUGCGCCAGGAGCUGGCCGAGCUGCGAGAGCGGUUGUCCCCAUCUCCGGCCCACCCCAGCUCCGCUGUGGCCAGCAUGAGGGAGCGUUUGGCUCCUCUCACCCAGCAGCUGCAGAGCUCUCUCAGCAGCAACACCAACGACCUGUGUGGCCAGCUGAGCCUCUACCUGCAGGGCCUGGAGACGGCGGAGGAGCAGGCCGAGGCCAAUCCAGCGCUGCGCCGGGAAGCCUUCCAGUGGGUGAGCCAAACGCUGGAGCACAGCAGCGCCAAAGCGGCCGCCGUCAUCGGUGACUUCCACGCCAAAACCGCCGAGGUGAUGGACCAUCUGAAAGCGACGCUCGCCGCUGGCGAGCAGGAGGCAGCCGAGUCGGCGCAUUGGCCGGAAAUGAGUUCCAGGUUGGGGCAGGAAGUGAGUUUGCUGAGAAUGGAGGCGCAGGAGAGGACAGGGGCUCUCAAAUCCGAGCUCGCCGCUCUGCUGGAGACGCCGCGCCUUUGUGAGGCUGAAGUCACAGACGCCAUGAAGCGGUUCUGCGAAAAUGCGGCCCUGCAGAGCCAGGUUUUCGACGUCCGAAUGGAGAGGCUGUUUCAGGGGCUUGAGGAGGAGUCGAAGGUCCAGGGAGCCUACGGCCUGUCUCCGCUCUCUUCUUCCUCCUUGCAGGGGGAUUUCACAGUGAGACUCUCUGCUCUGAUCCAGGACAUUAUGCACUCGGUGCAGUGACAGAGACAACUGGACAUUUUUGCACAAAACCAACAAUUAACUGCUCUGCAGUCCUAUUAAAGUGUAUCAUUUGAUUCAGAUCCGUACAUUUGGUCUACUGUUUGCUAUUGUACCCGCAAAAUAAGGAGCCUGUAAAUAUUCAUUGUUAUGUUCUUUGUUUACCGUGCAUGUAAUAUCAACCAAUCAGAUUUCAAACUUUAUUUUGAAUAUGUAAAAAACAAAUCUGCCUUAUAUACCGCAGAGUAUACAGUAUGUGCAUUCUAUUCAAAAAUAUACAUAUGUGUAUACAACUGUUUAUUAAAAUGAUUGUUUUUUAAGUUAA